AAAAUGGUUAAAUGUUUGGUUAUAUAACUAUUAAAUUUGUAUUACUAUUAUUCUUUAAUUUAUGAGGGUUAAAAAAAUAAAUUAAUAACAUAAAUUACUUUGGAUUUUUGUGACGGAAAUUUUACUCAGAUAUGUUACAAACAAAAUCAUCCAUGCCUUCAAAAAGAAAGAAAAAACGUCAAAAAAGUCAGUAAAUAAGAGAAUUAGAUAGAACGUUAUUCAUUAUUUCCAGCUAAGAUCGCUCCACAGUAUCAAAGGUCUCUCCAAUGGCCAUUCUUUUCUCCCACGCCGAUACAUUCUCCUUCUUCUUUGUUACAUUCAUGUCACUGGCUCUUCUUAGUCUCCGGCCUCUCUCUGCAACGGUCACGGCGGGUUGUCAGACUCCGCCGGUUAUUUUUAACUUCGGUGAUUCGAAUUCCGACACAGGCGGCCUCGUCGCUGGACUCGGUAACUUCAUCGGCCUACCUAAUGGACGCUUAUAUUUUCGUCGGUCCACAGGCCGUUUGUCCGACGGACGUCUUCUCAUUGAUUUCCUCUGCCAGAGUUUGAAUACGAGUCUCUUGAGGCCAUACUUAGAUUCAUUGGGUGGAUCAAGUUUCCUAAACGGUGCUAACUUCGCAAUUGGUGGAUCCUCUACUCUCCCCAAAAGAGUGCCAUUUUCACUCAACAUUCAGCUGAUGCAAUUCCUCCAUUUCAAAUCCAAAUCACUCGAGCUUGCUUCUACAUCAAAUCCAUCAAAGGGGAUGUUCAUAAGCGAGAGUGGAUUCAGAAACGCACUGUAUAUGAUUGAUAUAGGACAGAACGACAUUGCUCGGUCCUUCUCUAUAGGCAACUCGUUUUCUCAGACGGCCAAGCUGAUUCCACAGUUCAUUUCCGAGAUAAAAACCACCAUAAAGAGAUUGUAUGAUGAAGGAGGAAGGAGGUUCUGGAUCCACAACACGGGUCCAUUGGGUUGUCUACCUCAGAAACUUUCAAUGGUUCAGAGCAAAGAUCUUGACCAGCAUGGUUGCUUAGCCAGUUACAACUCGGCGGCAAAACUGUUCAACCAAAUGUUAGAUCAUAUGUGUGAGAAACUGAGGAUUGAACUAAGAGAUGCCACCAUAAUCUAUAUUGACAUAUACGCUAUCAAAUACAGUCUCAUUGCAAAUUCCAAAACAUACGGUUUUGAGAGACCCUUAAUGGCGUGUUGCGGAUAUGGAGGGAGUCCUUACAACUACAAUGCGAGAAUAACAUGUGCACAUAGAGGCGCUAAUGUAUGUGACAUAGGAUCUCGUUUCAUUAGCUGGGAUGGGAUUCAUUACACUGAGACAGCUAAUGCCAUUGUGGCCAUGAAAAUUCUUUCCAUGCGGUACUCGAAGCCACAAGCUCCUUUCCUUUUUUUCUGCCGUCGCUGAGAACCAAACUUGUUUAACUCGAAAAUAUGUUUUUCGUCAAGCUUUCUUAAAAGAAUAAUUGUAGUCAUAGUUUUUUAUUGAUUUGUAUCAUUGGGCAUAAAGUUAACUAAUAAGCGCAGAACUCCU